GCCCCGCCCCUGCCCCUCCCAGUGCUGCCUGGAAGUGUGGGGGUGAGAGCUCCUGCUAGAACACCCCUUCCCCUUGGGGAAACAAUUGUGUCCCUGGGCCCUACCCAGAGGAGGACCCUCUCCUCCUUCCCUGUCAUCUCCCCUCCUGGGGCAGGGAGUGGCUCCACUUGCAUCCCCACCUGCCCUGCAGUGAUCAAGCUGAGAUGACCGUCAAGCUGGAUUUCGAGGAGUGUCUCAAGGACUCGCCACGUUUCCGAGCCUCUAUCGAGCUGGUGGAAGCUGAAGUGUCAGAAUUGGAGACCCGUCUGGAAAAGCUCCUCAAGCUGGGCACCGGCCUCCUGGAAAGUGGGCGCCAUUACCUUGCUGCCAGCCGCGCCUUCAUUGUUGGCAUUUGUGACCUGGCCCGCCUGGGUCCUCCAGAGCCCAUGAUGGCGGAGUGUCUGGACAAAUUCACCGUGAGCCUCAGCCACAAGCUGGACAGCCAUGCAGAGCUUCUAGACGCCAUCCAACACACUCUGCAGCAGCAAAUCCAGACCCUGGUCAAGGAAGGUCUCCGGGGUUUCCGAGAGGCUCGCCGGGAUUUCUGGCGAGGGGCUGAGAGCCUGGAGGCUGCUCUUACCCACAACGCAGAGGUCCCCAGGCGCCGAGCCCAGGAGGCAGAAGAGGCAGGAGCUGCUUUGAGGACUGCUCGAGCUGCAUACCGGGGACGAACACUGGAUUAUGCCCUGCAGAUCAAUGUGAUUGAGGACAAGAGGAAGUUUGACAUCAUGGAGUUUGUGCUGUGUUUGGUGGAAGCCCAGGCUACCCAUUUCCAGCAGGGCCAUGAGGAGCUGAGCCGGCUGGCCCAGUAUCGCAAGGAGCUGGGUGCCCAGUUGCACCAGCUGGUCCUGAAUUCAGCACGAGAGAAGAGGGACAUGGAGCAGAGACAUGUGCUGCUGAAACAGAAGGAGCUGGGUGGGGAGGAGCCAGAGCCAAGCCUAAGGGAGGGGCCUGGUGGCCUGGUCAUGGAAGGACAUCUCUUCAAACGGGCCAGCAACGCAUUUAAGACCUGGAGCAGACGCUGGUUCACCAUUCAGAGCAACCAACUGGUUUAUCAAAAGAAGUACAAGGACCCCGUGACCGUGGUGGUGGACGACCUUCGCCUCUGCACAGUGAAGCUCUGCCCUGACUCAGAAAGGCGGUUCUGCUUUGAGGUGGUGUCCACGAGCAAGUCCUGCCUCCUCCAGGCUGACUCUGAGCGCCUCCUGCAGCUGUGGGUCAGUGCUGUGCAGAGCAGCAUCGCUUCUGCCUUCAGCCAGGCUCGCCUUGACGACAGCCCCCGGGGUCCAGGCCAGGGCUCAGGACACCUGGCCGUGGGCUCUGCUGCCACCCUGGGCUGUGGCGGAAUGGCCAGGGGAAGGGAGCCUGGGGGAGUCGGGCACGUGGCGGCCCAGGUACAGAGUGUGGAUGGCAAUGCCCAGUGCUGCGACUGCCGGGAGCCAGCCCCAGAGUGGGCCAGCAUCAACCUUGGUGUCACCCUCUGCAUUCAGUGCUCCGGCAUCCACAGGAGCCUCGGUGUUCACUUCUCCAAAGUCCGGUCUCUGACCCUCGACUCAUGGGAGCCAGAACUAGUGAAGCUUAUGUGCCAGCUGGGAAAUGUUGUCAUCAACCAGAUCUAUGAGGCCCGUGUGGAGGCCUUGGCCGUGAAGAAGCCUGGGCCCAGCUGCUCCCGACAGGAGAAGGAAGCCUGGAUUCACGCUAAAUACGUGGAGAAGAAGUUCCUGACCAAGCUUCCUGAGAUUCGAGGGCGAAGAGGUGGCCGGGGGCCCCCAAGGGGACAGCCUCCUGUGCCCCCAAAGCCUUCCCUUAGGCCCCGGCCAGGGAGCUUCAGAUCCAAGCCAGAGCCUCCCUCUGAUGACCUGGGAAGCCUGCACCCUGGGGCCCUGCUAUUUCGAGCUGCUGGCCAUCCUCCAUCCCUUCCCACCAUGGCUGAUGCCCUUGCUCAUGGAGCUGAUGUCAACUGGGUCAAUGGGAGUCAGGAGAAUGCCACGCCGCUGAUCCAGGCCACAGCUGCUAAUUCUCUUCUGGCCUGUGAGUUUCUCCUCCAGAACGGGGCGAACGUGAACCAAGUGGACAGUGCAGGCCGGGGCCCGCUGCACCAUGCAACCAUUCUUGGCCACACUGGGCUCGCCUGCCUGUUCCUGAAACGGGGGGCAGAUCUAGAGGCUCGGGACGCUGAAGGCAGGGACCCUCUGACCAUCGCUGUGGAAACAGCCAACGCUGACAUCGUCACCCUGCUACGAUUGGCAAAGAUGAGGGAGGCUGAAGCUGCUCAGGGCCAGGCAGGGGAUGAGACGUAUCUUGACAUCUUCCGCGACUUCUCUCUCAUGGCGUCGGACGAUCCGGAAAAGCUGAGACGGCGUAGUCAUGACCUCCACACACUGUGAUCCCAGGCCCUGCGCCCCCGGCCCCUCCCUGCUCACCUUCCGCCCCUCCGCCAUUAAAGCCUCUGUGCUUUGCGCCGCC